ACUCACAUUCACACCUACAGUCAAUUUAGAGUCACCAGUUAACCUAACUUGCAUGUCUUUGGACUGUGGGGGAAACCAGAGCACCCGGAGGAAACCCACGCGGACACAGGGAGAACAUGCAAACUCCGCACAGAAAGGCCCUCGCCGGCCACGGGGCUCGAACCCGGACCUUCUUGCUGUGAGGCGACAGCGCUAACCACUACACCACCGUGCCGCCGCGAUUGAAUUUCAUUUGUGAAAAUUUUACCACAGUUUAGACCCUUGAUUAAAUAACUUGUACUUUGACAAUUUCAUGAGGAUGUACAUUCUUCUGAAAUUAACUCCUCUCACAAUUUGUGGAGGAAUUUCACUAAACUUGGCAAAAGGCUUUGUUACGGUAUAUGACAGUUAUAUGCAUAUUGAAAUUUUGUUUAAUUUGGGCAAAUUUUACCAGAGUUAUGUCCUUGAUUAUUAACAAACUUGUACUUUCACAAUUUCAUGAAGGUGUGCUUGCACUUAUCCUUCGCGCGCCUUGUGCUUUACCACCUUAAAGCCACCCAGUCCUGGACCCCAUGCAGUUCACAUACAGACCCAACAGAUCUGCAGAUGAUGCUGUCAACAUGGCUCUCCAUUUCAUCCUCCAGCACCUGGACUCCCCAGGAACCUAUUCUAGAAUCCUGUUUGUGGAUUUCAUUUCCACUUUCAACAUGAUCAUCCUGGAUCUUCUGCAGGACAAGCUCUCCCAGCUGAGUGUGCCUGACUCCACCUGCAGAUGUACAGGAGCAUGCAGUGUGGAGAAUACAUCGAUGCCAAAAGAGAGAUGCAUGUGAAUUGGAUGAGGUAUGUGAAUUGUGCCCGUAAUCCUGAAGAACGGAAUCUUGUGGCAUUUCGGUAUCAAGGGGGAAUUCUGUAUCGUUGCUGUCGACCCAUUAACCCAGGACAGGAGCUCUUGGUGUGGUAUGAAGAGGAGUACGCCAAACAACUGUGUCCUGCACCUACAGGAACAACCAAACAGCAAGGAAUAAAGAAUGCUCUGCUGCAAGUCUUUUCCUGCUCCACCUGUUCCCUUUCCUAUGCAUCUCAAAUUUACCUCGAUAAACACAUCCAGAGAUGCCACUAUGAAGAGUAUGUGAGACUUCAGGAAUCAAGAGAGAGUAAAUAUGAAUUUCAAAUCCCCUGCAAAUGCUCCAGUAGUCAUCCAACAUCAACGGAGUCUCUCAGUUCUGACAUUUCUCACAAUGAUGUACAGAAGGAAAUUCACCACUGCUCAGACUGUGGAAAGAGUUUUGGUCAUCAGAAUGCACUCAAGCCAAACCAGUGCAGUCACAAAGGAGAAAAUCCACAUUACUGCUCACAGUGUGGAAGGAGUUUCACUGAACAUAGUGCUCUCCAACGACACCAGCGCAUUCAUGCAGCAGAGAAGCCGUAUCACUGCUCACAGUGUGGGAGGAGUUUUACUUGUGAGAGUCGUCUCCAAACACACCAGCGCAUUCACACAGGACAGAAGCCCUAUCACUGUUCUCAAUGUGAGAAAAGUUUUACUGAUAAGAGUAAUCUCAAAAAACACCAGCGCAGUCACACAGGAGAGAAGCCGUAUCACUGCUCACAGUGUGGCAAGAGUUUUACUCGGCAGAGUACUCUCCAAACACACCAGCGCAUUCACAGAGGAGAGAAGCCCUUUCACUGCUCACAGUGUGGGAGGAGUUUUACUCGUCAGAGUCAUCUCCAAACACACCGGCGUAUUCACACAGGAGAGAAGCCCUAUCACUGUUCUCAGUGUGAGAAAAGUUUUACUGAUCGGAGCAAUCUCCAAAAACACCAGUGCAUUCAUACAGGAGAGAAGCCAUAUCACUGCUCACAGUGUGGCAAGAGUUUUACUCAGCGCAGUACUCUCCAAACACACCAACGCAUUCACACAGGAGAGAAGCCGUAUCGCUGCUCACAGUGUGGCAAGAGUUUUCCCCGUCGGAGUGCUCUCCAAAUACACCAGCACAUUCAUACAGGGGAGAAGCCGUAUCACUGCUCACAGUGUGGGAAGAGUUUUACUCAACAGAGUGCUCUCCCAAAACACCAGCGCAUUCACACAGGAGAGAAGCCAUUUCAAUGCUCACAGUGUAGGAAAAGCUUUAUUGAUCAGAGUAAUCUCCAACGACACCAGCGCAUUCACACAGGAGAGAAGCCAUUUCAGUGCUCACACUGUCGGAAAAGCUUUAUUGAUCAGAGUAAUCUCCAACGACACCAGCGCAUUCACACAAGAGAGAAGCUCCAUCACUGAUCACAGUGUGGGAAGACGUUUACUCAUUCAGUUAGAUUUAAGACCUACAGGUGCACUAACGCGGAGACCUUGCAUGAUUAAAGUUAUCAAAUUUAAAUAUGGCUAUUACUACAGUUUUGGCUGAAAAUGACCUGUACUUUGAACUUUAUUGUUCAUGUUAUAUGACUGUGUUUUAAAAUGUAACCUCAGUGAUGUUUAAAACAAGACUAUUAAUGUUUUCUUUUGAUCGUAAGUAGUUG